GAAGUUUCAGUGAAUGUCUUACACAACGCGUCUUCGCCGAAUUGUACAUUGUGUUCAGGUCCUCAGAGCCGCUGUCUAACCGGAUGUACCAGGUGAAUCUCGCGGAACGAAACAGGCUAUGCUGGUCUAUCCGACAGUUUUUUUCGGUCGCCGAGAGGAUAUUCUCUUGCAUCACGAGACACACCGUUCAUGUUUUUGUUGAUUGGUGCUUCUCUCCUCUCCAUUUGUGCAGUAGCUUAUAGUCUGACUGAAUAGGGUCCGUGUCAUGUGAACAUUCUGGCAUGCGAUGGUGUAUGCAAAAGGUCGCGUCGGGUCGUCCGUCUGUGGUGUUCGAUUCUAGGGGAGCGCUUCUCCGGUUGGUUUUUGUUCUUCAGUCGCACCGCGUCUCCCCUUCAGAAGGAAACCCGACAAAAACGUGUCUGUCGUCGCGUCCUUUAUUCUGAAAGAGAACUUGGUAUACUCUCCUGCCUCCGCUCUCGCUGCGAGUGUCUCGCGUGUGCGUGUUUGCGGGUAGAAAGUCAUCUCGCCUGUGGGGCAACACGUAGAGUGGUGAGCUCCUUUUUGUGAGGACCGCGAACUUUGAAUUUCUUUGGCGAUCAUUUUGGCUCUGGCGCACCGUCUCGUUGCAGCCUUCUGCCGGAAAACGAAGAGGGUGGAAAAUCCACUUUCCCCGAAACCACGCACCGCAAACAGCCGACCGGGGCAUAUUCUGUCUAAUGAUGAUUGUAGACAGGUGCUUUCUAUACCUGAAUUGGGAGAAGCAAAUUUUGAAACGGUGCAAAAAUAGUAUUUCCAUACUCUUAGUUUCUCAUCUUUGCCGAGAAAAAAGAUUUCCACGCUUGGUGCGAUCUUCUGUCGCUGUUUCUCGAUAGCGGGCAGCUUCUUUCCCGUCCAGGUAGAAUGUCACUCUGCUACGCAGAUCCGAUCCUGAACUCAAGUACUUGACUCCGUGUUGAUUAGAAAAAAAAAGUCUCGACAGCCUGUGACACUGGAAAGCACAAGUAGCCGUGAAUGUUUUUACAUGUCUGAACAUAACAGCUCUCGAAGAACAGUCGCAAAAACGAUAACGAGUAGAUUGUUUUGUAAUGACGGACGACAUCCUGCGGUGGUGUCUGCCUUGGACUGGAGCAAAUCAGAUUCGGGAUCUCCAGAGGUUCGCAUCAAAGAUCAGUUCAGUAAAAAGGCGGAGCUCCCUUGUGUGUUGCUCGUCCUCUUCAUAUUUGUGUAAAGGUGCUUUCCCUACAGACAUACCUUUUCCACAUGCCGCCCGGUGAAACUCUGCUAGUCUUUAGAUGGAAAUUGCAGAGGAUGUUAUGCGCUGUCCCUUUUUGCGCCUAGCAGGCUUCCUUGCUGAAAACUGCCCUCGAGUUCAGAAGGACAGCUUUUUUAGAGGUCGCUACUUUUCACCAGAGGAUUGAGUUUACGUAUAAAGAUCUACUGGCCAGCCCGAGAUACACCGUGUUUCGUCCAUCUAGAGUUUUUUACAAAGAGGACGUUUCUUCAUCUCAAGGGAAUCUCUUUUCUCAUCCCAUGGACGUGUGGCCCUAUCUGCAUAUACCUAUUAGAGCAAAGACGUGUCUCUGGAAUUGCGCACGCAAACUUUUUCCAACCUGUCGGUCUCUUCGAUCUCCUCUGAAAACUCUCAAAAACCUUGCCACUGGAGUAAAGCCGUGCGCAUCCCUUCUUUGUAUGCACUGACAUAUGCCCUCUAACGUUUGUUUCUCACGUGUGUCACCGUCCGUUUCGGUUUCUCAAGAUCUCCACGGAGCCAAAACGCAUUUUGUCCAUACAGCCUCCAUCAGGUGACAGCCGUGCUGCCUCGUUCCUGCGAACCUUUCAUGAACCUGGCAAGGAGCAGGGGAGAACGUCCCCCGCUGUUGCAUUCCGUCUUUAGAGAAAGUUGUUGAAAAGAAGACAGCGAGAAAAAGAGCGAGUUGCAGAUCCCUAGCAAACAUGGAUUCGUUAGUUCCGUUCUCGCCUCCUCAGCUUCUUUCGCUCGGGAGGCAGAAAGAACGGGGCAACAGAAAUCGCUUUCCGGUAGUAUUUGACCGAGCCUCAACCCCCAGUGCCGACCCCACGCGUCGUAGGACGUGUUUGGGCUUUGUCGCUGAAUACGAGAGACAGGCGUCUCUUUCAGUCGGGCCGGAGGAAACGGAGACAGAGGCGGCAACGUUCAGAUCCAGAGGAGACACCCGUCGCCUCUCGACGCCUCGUCUCCCCCCGGGACUGGUGCGCCUCCUGGAGAGUCUCAGAGCUCUUGAGGGGACGCAAGGCAGGCGGAGGCAGCAAGUCAACGAGGCUGAGAGAAACUGGAGAGAGGCAGCGACAUGUAGGGAAGCGAGUUCCGAGAAACAGUUGGCACAGAGGGAAGAGGAGAACGCAGGGAACCGAGGAAAGGCCGGGAUCACGAGGUGUGUCGCGAGGGAGGUCGAACCCAGACUCGGGGGGCAGAUGGAACCAUUAACAGAACGAAACGGGGUGAAGAUGGAGGAGGCCGAAACGAGCAAAAGGAACAACGCUUCCAGGACUGAAGACACGAAAAGUGCAAAGAGGAACAUAGACGAAAGAGGCGCCCAGAAGAGUCAACACACUGGGCAUCACUGCAGCUCUGUCGGGACUCUACCUGAUUCUCAAAGGCGCGCUGUCUGUUGUCUGCAGCCACCUGAACGUCUCUUUGUCUCUCCAUCGGAGACUGGGGAGAGAAGUAACCUAGCCAAGACGGCCAUAACUCGCUGCCGGAACUCGUGUGCUUCUUCUGUGACCGGCACUCUCCCUGUGUCCUCUUCUUCAGUUCAUCCAUCUUCAUUUUCCACCCAUCCCCUUCUGCGGUGUCCGCCCGGCAGUUUUUCGUCUUCUCUCCCUUUCUCUGCUCUCCCUUCCACGGAUGCUUGUUCAGCCUCUUUACCGUCAGUCGUCUCUGCUUCUCUUCCACAUGCCGGCACUUCGUUGUCCUCGUCUGCCGAACGGGCCGGCGCCCCCUCUGCACGGCCGCCACUCGUUCUGCCUUCCGCUCUUGCGGCUUCCUCCGCUUUCUGUUCUUCCUCGCCGUCCUGUGAAAAACGCGUUGCAUGCACUGCGUUGCCUUCGAAUUCUUCUGUCCCUCUGCGAGCCUCACAGGACGAGAGCGAUGAGAGAGAGCAGAGCGCAGGCCUCACAGCAUUUAUUACCGCUCAAAAGGGUGUUCGUCAAACGUUAGCUCGCUGCCAGUGUCCAGCCGAUAAGUUGCCCUGCUCUAGUCGAAGGAGCAGUCUCGUUUGCUCCGAAGAAACAAACGGUUUUCUGCCCAUAAAAGGCCAACGGUCGUCGCCCGCUCGCCCUGAGGCCACUGCUGGCAAGACAGCUUCUGUCCACUUGUGUACUUCUCUCCCUUCUGCCUCCAGUUUUGAUCAGAUUUGCAGGGGCACCCGAAGAGAGUGUCCAGGAGAAGGAGACUGCCGUCUUGUCUCCACGCUUUGUGCCUCCCACCCGUCUGUUUCGUCGGUCCCUCAGCGAGAUGGACUUCUGCCGCAGUUCCCCCAGCAGUUCGGAUGUGCAUCGAAGCCCUGGGGUGAAGAGGAGGAAUCCGUGAAGAAGCCACUAGAACACAAGGGCAAACAAGGCGACGAAGAAACCGAAAAAGCAACAAAUCUCGCCUGUCUGUCGUCAUGUGUAUCGGUGUCACCGAGCACAGGUUCUUCUCAUUUUCUCAGCCGGUUGUCUGGGUCUCUCCCGUCUCGUUCGACGACUGCAGGUUCUCCGUGUCCUUCUUCCCUCUCUUCCUCUUCAUCUGCGUCUCCUUCUCCUUCUUUCCCUUCGUCUCGCGCUUCUUCAUGUUCCGCACCGUCUUGUUCUUUGUCCUCAUCCUCAGCUCCGUUAUUGUCUUCGUCGUCUUCCUAUUUUUCCUUCCCUCUCUCGGCGUCUGCAAACGACCCGCCUCUAGCGCAAGCGGACAAGGAGAGUGCCCAGGAGAGACGAUCUGCCAUGAGGUCUACGACCUGCGCCCACCUGCCUUCUAGUCUCCAGUCGCAAGUCGUGGCGACGAAGGGAGAAGGAAAGAAAGCAAGGAAAGCAAAUGAAGACGCAGCCGAACAAACAGAGGAAGCGAGUGUCUCUUGGGGUACGAAAAGGAAGGAGCAGGGUCUGAACGAAGGGCGGCAGGACUUUCCGCGCCAUGCAUCGUCGGAAGAAAAGGCCAAAGCAGCCGACGUAAAUUGUUCUUCCGCGAGAAGAAGAGAAACGGAAUGUAGCCUUGCAACUCUCUCUUUUGACUCUUCUCCCGCUUCUUCGUGUGUCUUCUCGUCUUUCCUGCAUGGUCACAAAUGUGAUGAGCCCGCACCACCAAAAAACAGCAGCGGCCGCCAGAUACCUCCUGUGCCGUCUGAAGGAGCACUGUCGGACCAGCGAAGAAGAAAACCGAUUUCUCCGUCGUCGGAGAAGACGUUAGGUCGAUGGGGUGAGUCUAAUGCCACGAAUGCUUCGGAUCUGAGGACAAACUCGGCCUCACUGGCAGCCGUUGAGCCUGCUUCUCCUGUCCUUUUCUUCGACCCUUGUUCACUCUGGUCUCCCAGCCGAGAAAACAAAGCAUCUCUGCAUCUUGGAUCUCCCUCUCCUGUCUCAGACGAGGUGUGCGAAGCCUGCAGAGAGACCGAGUUUCUCUCUCGGCUCUCGCCUUCUGUCCCUGCUUCUCCAUCUGCUCUCGCUGGGUCAGCGAGGCCAUGCGAACGCGGGAGAGGAGAGCGGCUGCGAUUGGAGGAUUCCUCGUCAGCUAGCCAGGUCUUCUCCAUGGGGACGCACUUGUCUUUUGCUUGCCUACCUGAGAGCACAGAGAGACCCACACUUGUUGCGUCUCAAACCAGCGAAAAGUCUCUUUUUCCGCUUUCUCCCGCGCCUCUUCUGCUGGAAGCCGAGGGCGCGAGGACGGCCAGCGACGAGGAAGAAGCGGUGGGGACCAACGACAAGGAACGGAGUCCGUGCGAGAGCCAAAGAGGUGGUGCUCCACGGUGCACUCUCGAAGAACUUGUGGGGGAAGCAGACAGAGGCAGGGAAGACGAAAGAGGAAGACCAGGAACGCAGUCGGAUGUUCAAUUAUCCCGAGUGACUCGUGACUGGCACCGGAGUCUCCAAGCACUUCGUAUUCUGCAGCCUGAACUGCGAGCCCUAAGGGAAGUGAGUUCCGGGAGAGAAGCCGAACACUUGGUUUCUGCAACGAGGGGGGACCUCGGGGAAACAGGAGAGGGAAACGAAGGCAAAGAGUGCAGAAAAGGUCGCGGGCCGUCUUCUUGCGGCAUGCAAGCACCUGCUUCUGCAUCUCUCCGGCGACCCUCCCUUUUGGAGAAGAGGAAAAGCGGCAGGACGUCAGGCGAGGCCGCCGAGGCAGUUAUAAAAACGCGUCACUUACAGACGUCCAGGCACGCGUCACAGGAUGAAGAUGGGGAGCACAGAAGAAAGGACGGAAGACAGGCGCAGGAGUCCGCUCUGGAGCGAAGCUGCCCGGGGGAAAAGAGACCAGCCACACGGCGAGAAGACGCGAGGCGAAGCGGCCAUUUGUUCGGCAUAGGACUGCUUCUGGGGAAUCUCGUAGGGAAGCGCCAACGUGCAGCAUUCGACUGCUUCAAGUCUUGUGGAUCUGCGGGAAGAAGGAGACCAGCUGGGCGCGCGUGGAGCCUCGACAAACAGAGUGGAAGAAUGACUCAUAGCGGCAGGGCUCCUAGGCUGCGCCUCGACCUCGAGCGAGAAAGCUCGAGCCUGCAGCUGGCCUCUGGAGGAGAACGGGGGCGGCGAGCGACAGCGAGGAGAAAAACGCAGUUGACGAGGAAAGACGAGUGCGUCGGUGGGAGAGGGGAAACGCAGUCUGAACAGGAACUGUCUUGCUCGGAGCGAUUGAAAAGGGCAGAAGAAGAAGGCGACAGGAGACAAGCCCUACGGUGUCCUGCAGUCGCAAGACAGCGCAGCCGGAAGACGAGAGUGUUGAAUCGGAGGGACGAGGAAAAAGAGUGGAGAGGAGAGCAAGACGACGAACGCGAUUCAGACAGAGAGGCGCGGACAAAGUCAGUCCGUCAUGCCACGAGGGAGCAGGAAGGAAACCGAAUGCAGGUGGGAUCGCUGCCUCACCUCAUGUUCCUGGUGGAGCACUCUGGCACUCCAAGGAUCCGCGGGACUAGCCGAGAAACCGGACAAGGUGGCAACCCUCCAGAGUGUCGGAGACAAGCGCGGACAGAAGAGGGAGAAGACGACAGAGAGGAAGAAGCUGAGGACCGCAAGAAGGCGAAGGGAGAGCUGAGGGAGCGAGAGGAGGAAGAAGGGAGGAGACAGCAAAAGGAAUUGAAGGCAGAGGAAGAGAGACAACGCAGGGCUGCUCUCAUAGCCGAGCUCGGUCGAAGGCAAUCUCUCCUGGUGGAGAGACAAAAGAAAAUGAUACUUCGCGUGGAGGAACUGGAGAACGAAAUUCGAGUGAGGCGGCAGACGGAAAAAGGCCUCUACCGAGAUCUGGAAAGACACAAGAACGCGGAAGAAGCUCUGACGAAUGCGCUAGCCGCAGCCAACAAAGCGGCAGAAGAACAGCGCAGAGAGACGGAGACAGCCCGCCAGGAGGUCGCAGAGUUGAAGACGAAACUUGAAGUAUGCGAAAUGGACUUGGAAGAGAGAACCAAGGAGAAAAGAAAUGUGGAGGCAAAGCAGCUUGUGGCACACCCGGUGAGAGAGCGAAGCUCAUGGAGAAAUCGUUUCGUCUCCUAUUUUGCCGUGAAAAGAGCGAAAGUUACCGCAUUCUGA